AUGAAGAUCACCAUCGCCAACACACUCGCUCUGCUCGCCACUGCCUCAUCCACACUAGCAGCACCCCUCGAAGCCCGCCACAAUGCAGCCAACCCCUUCACCCUCGACAUCUCCUUCAGCAACAGCAUGGGCACCCUCAGCGGACCCAUCCAAGCCUCCAACGGCUCCUUCUGGAUCCACAAAAAAGCGUCCACCUCCUGCCCUGCCUCCGUAAACCCCAAUUGCCCUCCUGGCAACAGCACAUCCUUCACAUCCUCAGGAAAUGGCUUGCUCUACCUCAACACCGAAGUCCCCGGUGGCCAACAAGUCUACAUUCGUCCCGAUGGCUUGUUGACAUACACGCAACCUCAUUCUGCGUAUGCACCCACCGAUUCCACAUUCUCUGGCUUUGAGAUUUCGAGUUUGAAUCAGGUGGCCAAGUUUUAUGAUUUCUGGUUGUGUGGUGAGGAUGCUAGUGAUAAGGCUUGGAGGAUCUGGUUGGAGUACCGUGAUGAUAAGGGUGCGACUAGGCAGAACGGGCUGGGUGGUGGUAAUGCUUGUACGAUGGUUAGUCUGUUGGCUAACGAUGUCAAGGAGAAGGGGCCUGCUGCUUGGCAGUACAACUAG